AUGAGUAGUGAAAAUGGUUAUUAUUGUAUCUGGCUUGAUAGUCAUAUCGGAGCUCCUGGAGAAUGUCCAUCUUUCCAAGAUAAAUUUCAACAGAGUCUUAAACCGAUGAAUGGUUUGCCACCAAAUUCUAUUAAUAAUCUUAUAUUAUGCUUCGAGCAAGAAGUCGCUCCAAUCAAGUUUGUUUCGGAUAUAGACGAUGCUUUAGUUUUAGUUCAAAAUGAAAUUGAUAAAAAAAUCAUUUUUAUCUCCUCAGGAUCAUUAGGCAAACAAAUAAUUCCUUUUAUUAUUAAAACUCAUCCACAUGUUUAUACUUUCUACAUUUUCUGCGCUCAGGUUUCUAAUAACCUCAGUUGGGCUAUAGACUAUACAAAUUGUUUGCAAAUGUUUGAUCAUGAAACGGAUCUGCUUAUUCGUCUUGUUCGUGAUAUUUCAAAAGAAUUUAUCCAUUUGGGACUUUCAUAUCUAGCAGUAUAUGAUGGUGAAAGUGCUAGAAAAUAUUUUACAACUGCUCAAACACUUGAAACUCAUGCCAAUAAUGCAAAUAGUCCGAUGCCUCCAUUCACAGAUCGUCUCAAAAUGCUUCAAGGUCCGAAUGGUCUUAUUCAAGAAUCACAAAAUGUAAAAGAAGAUCAAAGAACAAAUGAGACAAUAGCUAGUCUCGACAAUAUUCAAUAUGUUCUUAUUAAUCUCACGACAGCUAUGAACCCGACCGUCGCGAGUAUCGUACAUUUUCUUCAAAUAUUUCUUCCACCAAGGACAAUAUUAACAAUCAAAAAUUCAUCAAGUGAUAAUAUUAUUCGGCUUAUUAAUAAGCCUGCAUGUUUAUUUUUAAGAAACAGUGUUUUAACUCAACUAUUAAUACAACGGGUGGGUACAAACAAUCUAUCGAUUUAUAUGAUUGAAGAUAAUACUAAUCUAGUCGAUAGAAUCACACAUUUUAAUAAUAUCGAUGAUCUCAUCAAUAAACUGGUUGAGCUAAUUGUUGAAAAAUAUCGACAACAAGCUGCAACGCAUUUACAUAGCACUGUAUUUAUUACUGGAAUCAUAGUUAUUGGUUAUUGA